AUGACACCACGGACGGAUGACCUAAUCGCCACCGACGACGAUGACAGCGACGACGACCGUCUCCAAGAAGACAUGGCCGCCGUCGCGCGAGCCUGUAAGUUCCAAGUAGACGAAUUUCCAUCUGAAGAAGAUCCUCUUUUGGCUUCUGGAGAUGAAAUUCCGUAUGAAAAAGAUCCUCUUUUGGCCGCUGGCGACGCUAUUGUCCCAUUCACCGCCACUGCGGACUCUGACUCUGAUGGACAGAGUGAUCGUGAAUGUCUCAAUAGAGUUAAAAGUCUCUGUCAGGAUAUUGAUUCUAUUCCUCAUCUGCCGCCGAUGACAGCUGCUUCUGAUGAUGACGAAGAUGACCUGGAAACAGUUCGCGCCAUCUUCAAACGGUUUUCCGCUUAUGAUAAAGGUGGAAGGGAAGCAUGGGCUGGGGGGGAUCAGACCCCGAGUUUAAUUGCUGAGAAGGAUGUUGUCCAGAGCCCCAUUUCUGGCAGCUCAGAUGCUGAUCAAGAUUUCCUCCGUCGGCUCAAGCUUUUGUUGAUGCCCUCUCGAAGAAUAGAGCUCUCCAGCAGUUUCUUAGAAGUUUCAUGCAAUAGAAGAACGGGGAAUGCUUUAUCACUGAAAAAGGAUCCGCGUGUGCAGUUAAUAUCAUCCAAGAAGUCUUUUGCAACAAAAAAGUCAAAGAACAAUAAUAAGAAAGUGUCUGCAAUGUGUUAUGGCCCAGAUGAGAAUUCUCGUGUUGCUAACUAUAAGAUGGUAUUGGAAAGAUUUCCACUUUCAUUGGAUCGAAAAAAGUGGUCAAACAAGGAAAGGGAGAAACUUUCAAUAGGAAUUAAGCAACAAUUCCAAGAAACAGUGUAUCAAAUUUCAGUAGAUAGAAUGGGUUCAGAGUGCUCACCUGGAGACAUAAUUGAUUCAUUUAAAGGUCUUGAAAUCACACCAGCGAGGAUUAGAGCAUUUUUACCUAAAGUUAAAUGGGAUUCAUUGGCUGCUAUGCAUAUUACUGGCCGUACUGGUUCUGAAUGUGAAUCAAGGUGGUUGAAUUGUGAAGACCCUUUGAUCAAUCAUGGCUCAUGGACUGGUGAAGAGGAUAGGACUCCAUUUCAAUGCUUGGCUCGAUACCAAAGGAGCUUAAAUUCUUCGAUGAUAAAUAGUGAAUGGACCGAGGAAGAAGAUGCUCAACUUUGUUCUGCUGUUGCAUAUUUUGGUGAGAGUAAUUGGCAGUCUGUGGCUUCUGUUUUAGAACGGCGGACGGGAACUCAGUGCUCAAAUAGAUGGAAAAAAUCAAUUUGUCCUGUGAGGAAAGGAAGCUUUACACCCGAGGAGGAUGAACGCCUUACAGUAGCAGUUGCGCUGUUUGGAAGGAAAUGGAAUCAAAUAGCUAAAUAUGUUCCUGGCCGGAUUCAAUCUCAGUGUAGAGAAAGAUACCUUAAUAGUUUGGAUCCUUCUUUGAAAUGGGGUGGAUGGACGGAGGAAGAGGAUUUAAGAUUAGAAGCUGCAAUCACCAAGUAUGGAUAUUGCUGGUCUAAGGUGGCUGAAGAUGUACCUCCCCGCACUGAUUCUCAAUGUCGGAAGAGAUGGAAAGUGAUAUGUCCUGAACAAGUUCCUCUGCUUCAAGAAGCAAGGAAGAGGCAAAGGUCUCUUCUUGCCAGGAACUUUGUUGAUCGAGAAUCAGAACGUCCAGCCCUUACACUGAAUGACUUCAUUCCUUUACAAAUGUUAGUUCCACCAUCUGAUGUUGAUGCUGAGAAACUCCCAAGGAAGCGGAAGAGACAGUCGCGCGGCCUUUGCAAGGAAGAGAGGUCCAAGAAACAUGGAAAGGAGACUGAACUUUGUACUGGGGAAGCACGAGGUGCAGAGCCCAAGAAAGAGAGACCUAAAAGACAUGCGAAAAAGAAAUCAUUUUAUCCCGAGGAUGUAGAAGAUAUAGUUCCCGAGAAAGAGAAGCCCAAAAGACAUUUGAAGAAGGUUCGAAUUUGUCCGGAGGAAGUACAGUAUAUAGCAGAAUAUAGUGACAGGGUCAAGACUUCUGGUGGUGGCGGUGUUCCAUUCUCUGCACCAAGCAAUGUUCCCAAGAAAAUGAGAUCUAAAAGAGGUCCUAAAAAGUCUCAGCCCAAGGAAGUAGAUAAUAUAGCAUGCAGCGACGAGGCCAAGACCUGUAUCAAGAGUUCAGAAAAGCAAGAUGAAGACAAUGUAACACUUGCAUGCUUUUUGCGCAACAAAUCAAAGAAGAAACUAACGAAAUGUACCAAAAAUGCCAGCAAGGGUUUGUCUUCCUCUAGGACAAAAAUUGUAUCUAAGAAGGUUCAAAAUCAUAUCCCAUCUGGUGAGCAAGACAGGUUGUCAUGUGGUAUUGGUGGAACUAAAGAUUUGUCAAUGCAAACAGAAAAUGAUUCUAGCAGACAAGCAAGAAAACCAGAAGGUACAAAUGCAACUCGAAAAUCAGAGGGUGCACACAAUUUGAAUGGUGAUGGCGAUGCUGUACCUCUUAAGUUCUAUGUUAGAAAGAAAACAAAGAAAUGGAGUCAAGCUACUGAAGAACGCCAUACUUGCUCUCCUUCCAAAUUGAAAAAGGGAUCUGUAUUACUCCAUGGAAACAAGCCAACCAUCAUUUCUAACGAAAGUGAACCAUCGAUGUCAAAAGUUGUUGAAGAGGAGACUGUUUUACAUGGUGGUGUGGCUGAAGCUGAACCCACAAACAGCAAUGUUGUUGAAGAAGAGACUGUUCUGCGUGGCGGUGUUGCUGAAGCUGAACCCACAAACAGCAAUGUUGUUGAAGAAGAGACUGUUCUGCGUGGCGGUGUGGCUGAAGCUGAACCCACAAACAGCAAUGUUGUUGAAGAAGAGACUGCUCUGCGUGGUGGUGUGGCUGAUACCGAACCCCAAACCAUCGAAGUGGUUGAAAAGGAGACUAUUAUGCACGGUUGUGUGGCUGAUACUGAACCCACAAACAUUGAAACGGAAGAAAAUAAUGAACUGCUGCUUUCCUUCCUGCAAAAACAAGACAAGGAGAUGGCAAAGACGGUACAAGAUUCGGAAAUGAAGUUGUUGCUUUGA